UGCGGGAGGGCGGCGCGGAGUGCGCCGGCGCGUCGUCGGGGACGCCGGGUCCAGGAUCUUGCUAGGGAACCAGUGUUGUCGCGUCGCCCCGCCCCCUUGGGGCUUUUGCUCCCGUUAACUGUCGGCCGGGCAGGCUCCGCAGCGCAGGGCGACAUGCCGGUGCGCUUCAAGGGCCUGAGUGAAUACCAGAGAAACUUCCUGUGGAAAAAGUCCUAUUUGUCAGAAUCUUAUAAUCCCUCAGUGGGACAAAAGUACUCAUGGGCAGGACUUAGAUCGGAUCAGUUGGGGAUCACGAAAGAACCAGGUUUUAUUUCAAAAAGAAGAGUUCCCUACCAUGACCCUCAGAUUUCAAAAUACCUGGAGUGGAAUGGAACCGUCAGAGAGAAGGGUGUGCUUGUCCCACCAGAACCCCAGACCAUUGGAACUCCAAAGCCACAAGAGGCUGAGCAAGGAGGAGAUGCCAACCAAGAAACAGUUCUCUCACUAGAGGCCUCCAGGGUUCCCAAGAGAACUCGGUCUCAUUCUGCGGACUCCAGAGCUGAAGGGGCUUCAGACACUGUGGAAAAGCACCAGGGUGUCACGAGAAGCCAUGCGCCAGUUAGCGCAGAUGUGGAGCUGAGACCUUCCAGCAAACCUCUCUCCGAGAGCAUAGAUCCCAGGUUGGAUAGGCAUCUUCGUAAGAAAGCUGGAUUGGCCGUUGCUCCCACGAAUAAUGCCUUGAGAAAUUCUGAAUACCAAAGGCAGUUUGUUUGGAAGACCUGUAAAGAAAGCGCUCCAGUGUUUGCAUCCAAUCAGGUUUUCCGUAAUAAAAGCCAAAUUAUUCCACAGUUCCAAGGCAAUACAUUCAUCCAUGAGACUGAAUACAAGCGAAAUUUCAAGGGUUUAACUCCAGUGAAGGAACCAAAGUCAAGAGAGUAUUUGAAAGGAAACAGCAGUUUGGAGAUGUUGACUCCAGAAAAGAAGGCAGAUGAGCCUUUAGACUUAGAAGUAGACAUGGCGUCGGAAGACUCAGACCAGUCCGUAAAGAAGCCUGCUUCAUGGCGACACCAAAGGCUUGGAAAAGUGAAUUCUGAAUAUAGAGCAAAGUUCCUGAGCCCAGCCCAGUAUUUCUAUAAAGCUGGAGCUUGGACCCGGGUGAAGGAGAACCUGUCAAACCAGGGCUCUCUAAAUGCCAUGUGGUAUGCAGAGGUCAAGGAACUCCGAGAAAAGGCCGAAUCUUACAGGAAGCGAGUUCAGGGGACACAUUUUUCUCGGGACCAUCUGAACCAGAUUAUGUCGGACAGCAACUGCUGUUGGGAUGUCUCCUCAGUCACAAGCUCGGAAGGCACCGUCAGUAGCAACAUCCGAGCACUGGAUCUUGCUGGAGACCUUAAAAACCACAGGACCCCCCAGAAACACCCUCCUACCAAACUAGAAGAAAGAAAAGUUACCUCAGGAGAGCAGCCCCUGAAAAGCCCCACCAGGAGACUGGAGAUGCCAGAGCCUGCCGCCUCGGUCAGGAGGAAGCUGGCUUGGGAUGCUGAGGAGAGCACGAAGGAAGACACCCAGGAGGAGCCCAGGGCGGAGGAGGAUGGGAGAGAGGAGAGAGGACAGGGCAAGCAGACCUGUGCGGGAGAGCUGGAGAAACCGGACACACAGACACCCAAGGCAGACAGACCGACAGAAGGGUCGGAGACAUCUUCUGUUUCAUCAGGGAAGGGAGGCAGGCUUCCUACACCGAGGCUGAGAGAACUUGGUAUCCAGCGGACGCACCAUGAUCUCACGACGCCAGCUGUUGGUGGCGCAGUCUUAGUGUCUCCAUCUAAAGUGAAGCCACCAGUCCUCGAGCAGAGGAGGAGAGCGUCCUCCCAAGAUGGCUUAGAAACUCUGAAGAAAGACAUUACUAAGAAAGGAAAACCCCGUCCCAUGUCCCUGUUGACUUCUCCGGCUGCUGGCAUGAAGACAGUUGAUCCCCUGCCUCUGCGAGAAGAUUGUGAAGCCAGUGUGCUCAGAUUUGCUGAGGGUACUCUUCCUGUUUCGAAAAUUUUGGACCGUCAGGCCAGCACCCCUGGGCAGCUGCCUCCAUGUGCCCCGCCUUACUGUCAUCCGUCCAGCAGGAUCCAGGGCCGUCUGCGAGACCCUGAGUUUCAGCACAACAUGGGAAAACCAAGGACGAACAAUUUGCAGCUACAUCCACACGAUGCCUUUAAUGAUGAAGAUGCAGAUAGACUGUCUGAGAUCUCUGCUCGCUCUGCAGUUUCCAGCCUCCGGGCUUUCCAGACUCUAGCCCGAGCUCAGAAAAGAAAGGAGAAUUUCUGGGGCAAACCAUAAACCUCUCAUCUUAUCUAAAGACAAGCUGGCUCAUCUUUACUUACUCAGUGUGUUAAGAUUUUCAGAGGGUUUGGAUUUUCUUCUAACACUUCUGACUCAGAUAAUUUGAAUUUUCAGUGGCUCAUCUUAGCCAGAAAAUUGUCAUGCAGCUGUGUCUAAGUUUAAUUCUUGUCUGAGUACAAAGGUGUGGGAUUAUGCAUUUCUUCUCACACUCUGACUUUUGUAUCAGGUGCUGGGGGUUGCUAGUUGAAGCCUGAAAGUCAUCUACAGAAUAUUCUAAAGGGAGAAAAUGAAGUCAACAUUAAGAUCUUCCAACUUAAUUCUCCCUUAGAUUGGUCUUAGGCAUUUUAAUAGCUGUAGGUGUCAUGAAAAGAAUCUCACUGUUUUUAUUAGCACCUUCUGUAUACACAGGUGCAGUGUUAAGAUGAUUGGACUUUGAAAAGCUGGCUGUACAUAUUUUUCUUAUUUAUGUAACAAAAUUUGCUGAGAGAAUAUGUAUAUUUUUGAUCUUUUUAUGUAUUUUAUUUGUAUAAUAACUGGCAUACAUUUGAAUAAUGUCUAGAUUUUGAAAAAUGACUUGUGAAAUGGAGAAUUAAAAUUUUGUAGACAUUUAAAAAUGAAAAUUAAGUGUGCUUGGCUUCUUCAGGAAGUUAUCAUGUGGAAUAAAUAUCUUCUAGAAGCAUUCUAUUAGAACUGCUUAAUCAAAAAUUAUACUACUAUUGCAGCUGCUAAAUGCAGUGAAACUGAGUCUACAGUAUUUUUUUUCACAAAUAUGAGGUUUUAAAAACAGAUUCAUUAAAAAAUUUAAACACCAA